AUGGCUGAAGCUGUUGCUUGUUUUAUGGAUGCUUUCAAAGAAGAAAUUGAUGCCAGAGGACUUACUAUUGAGGAUUUAAAGGAGCAAUGCCCAGAGGAUGUACUCCAAAAACUGAGUAGCAGUUUGCAUAGUAACUGGGAAGUGGUUGGGUUGUACCUGAAUUUAUCAAGAUCUGACAUUAAGGGCAUCAAAGUUUACAGCAUUAGUGAAGAGGAGAAAAGUCUGAAGGCUUUGGCCAAAUGGAAGGAGAAGAGUGGAGAUGAGGCUACCUAUCAUAACCUUAUUGAGGCUCUCAAUGACAGCAACAGAGUUGAUGUCAUUAACCAAGUACUGGAUUGCCUAAAAGAAAUUAUGGACUUGGCUGCAAAACAAAAAGUUGAUGAAGAAAUUGAUCUUCAUGGCCUGCAAGAAGAAGAUAUUCAUUACAUUUGUGGAUGUGGAAAGUGUACGUUGGGCUACAUUAUUCGAAAUGGCUGUCCCAAUCCAGUUGCACAGCAAAAAUUCCCUUUACUUAAUGUAGCCACACGUAUGUUUGCACUAGUAGCACGACUGACAAAAGAAUCAAUGCAGAUUGUUAUGAAGUUUUCUGGCCUCUUGGGAGAAAUUGUAACCUGCCUGGAGUAUCGGCAAGAUAUUAGUGCCAACAUUUUAAUUUUUUAUAUUUUAUCACGGCAGAGGUUUUCUUACUUAUGCCAGCCACAGUACACAGAAUUUCAGACUCAGAUUCAAAAGGCCGUGACCAAGAGAGAAGUUAUGCUGAUAUUAGUGAAUAAUAUCACAUGGUUUAAUCACAGUUUGCUCAAAUCAUUUGUGCAAGAAUUUAAAGUGGCCAUGAAGCAGUACGAUGAUUACAUUGAAAGCUUGGAUUCGUUCCUGGUUCGAUCAAUUUUCAAAAUUCCAAAUAAAUUUUCCAAUGUAUCAGGUAGUUGUAAUCAGCUAUCUCUCAAGAUGAGCUUCGAUUCAUCGACUGGGAUGCUAUCAGCAAGUGCCAUUAUUUCCCUUAAAAAUCAAAUAGCGUCUGCACUUGGUCUAAGUACUGAUUCUCUCGAGUUCUGUUCUUAUUAUGACAGCUCAUUUGAAUUGAUCUUCAGUUCCACGUAUGUCCACUUCAAAGAGUCUCUCAAUACUAAUAGACUGAUGUUCGUUCUGCAAAAUAUAGAUCGAUUUGCUUCUGGAUUGAGGAUUCAAGAAAUAAAAUUUGGAAAUGAAUCUUUUCAAGUACAAGACAUGUCCAUUGCUCUUCCUUCCUCUGAUUCAGAUAUGACUGUAGUUGAUAGGAUGUUUGGAUCACUUGUAGUUAAGCUACUAAAGUCUAUAGAAUUCACAGAAGGAGCCUUUGAUAAGCUAAAAGAGUUUAUUUGUGAGCUAGUACCACAGCAAAACCUUGAUCACGCAGCUCGCUCUUAUCCAUUGUUUAACACUAGCACUAUCAACAAGAUUGAUGACCUCAAAAGCCUUAUAUUUUUUCUGAAAGAUUAUUGGUCUUUCUUUAAUUUGUCUCUUCUAGAGAAGCUCAUUGAUAGGUUUGGGAGUGAUGAUGCAAAGGUUACACUGGUACACUACUUGGAAAAGUUGUGUAAGCUCUCGUUGUCAGAGGUGCCAAUACUUCUUCAUCAUUUUCCCAGAGUAACAGGGUUUUCUUCAGAUAUUUUACUAGUUACUGCAAAUCCAGACGCUUUUAGCAGCUUUAUUGUUGAAAAUAUUUUUGCACUUCGUGAUGAUCUAGCUCAUAUUCUUCAACUUGAGCAUUUUGCCCUUCUCUUACGACGAAUCAACAAGUUCAAAAGUCAAAUAGAAUUUUUAGUGAUAGAUCACGAUAAUAAGCUUCGAUUGAGAUUAAGCCAUCUAAAUUUAUGCUUAUUCAAUCAAACAAGUAUAAUGGGUAUUGAAUAUCAAGAAUUCAAACUUCAAAACAUUGAUUUUUGUCAUUAUAACAAUGAAGGUGUGGAAAGGUUAAAAUUACUUCCAGUUGGAUCAGCACAUCAAAACAAUGCUCAGAUUCAAGGAAAUGAUACAAUGGAUGAUGCUGAUGAUGAUGGGACUGAUGAAACAAGUAUAAACAAGUAUGCUUCUAAUGUAAAAGAAGAUGAAAUGACAGAUGAAUGGCCAUUACUUUCAAAAGAUCAUGAUUUUGGUUUUACAAAAAACUUCUCUUCUCAUGUGCUUUCAAAGCAAGAUCAAGAUGAGCUUAAAGGUGUUCUUGAAGUAUGCAGCGUGUGUCUGACAAACUCUAAAGAUAAUAGUUUGGUAUCAAUCAAGUGUUAUUUUCCUGAAGUUCACUCUCCUUUGCAAUUAUCAACAGUGGCUCUAAGUCACACCAAUGAGCUUGUUCCUAUUAGGCCUCGUCCAAUUGUUGCUGAUAAGCACUCUUUUCAACUCUGUAACCCUAGACAAUGCAAAGGAGAAAAGACCUGUAUAUUUGCUCAUUCCAAAAUUGAGUGCAAUGCUUGGAAUUUUGACCUGAAGAAUUCAAAAAAAAAAAACCAAGUUCUACAGUACAGGUCUGAAGCUGAAAGUCUUCCUGCUAAUCCUUGUGAAGAGAGAGUUCUGUGCAAAUUAAAUCGAAAGGAAAGAGAGGAAUGGAAGAUCAACUUUGCAGAAAGGGUAUCAACAGUUCUUUGUGAAGAAAAAAUUGCACAAGAGCUUUCGGCCUGUAAUUAUAAAGACAAAUUUUAUUAUCUAUUGUGCUUUGAGGAGUCUGAACGUAUGGAAUUUCUAUCAAAAAAAUGUAAUGGAAAGUAUAGCAUUCAGUGUUUUAAAAAAGUAAUGGAGAAGUCUCAAUACCUUUGUCGAAUAUUGGGAAUGAAUGAUGAUCAGGUUCAGUAUGCUACACAAGCUAGCGAAGGAAUCAUUUUUGUCAAGAAUAAAAAAGAUCUCUGCAAGGGAACAAUUCUCCAUAGCAAUUAUGGUAACCUCAGUGAGCACUUUUACGUUUCUUUGGAUGUAGAUGAUUUUCGAUGUAUUCAAGAUGCAUGUCGUCAUCUUGGCUCAGGCUGGUACCAAGUGUAUGUAGAGUUUGAAGUCAAGCAUGCUUACUUUGAUUCCCUUCAUCAAGCAGUCAUUGAUAUACCUGAUUCAAUGAUCAAAAAGAUUACUCCAAGUUCUGAUGCUGCAUCAAAUGAAAAUAAGCAAUCAAAAGCUUUAGAAGCUAUUCUCCAAUGCCCUGCUAAUUUUCCAGUUAUUGUUUCUGGACCAUUUGGUUCUGGAAAAACAAGAAUCAUAGCUCGUGCUGCUUAUGAAUUCAUUCAGACUGGAUUGAUUGCUCACUCACCAACCCGGAUACUUAUUUGUGCUCACCAUUCUGAUACAGCUAAGACAUAUGUAUCCAAAUAUCUUUAUCCUGCAUUUAAUGGUGUGCCUAAAGUUAAAGUCAUUCGCAUUACAAGGCAAGAUCGUUUUUUUCACACAUCUCGUAACAUCAUUAAUCGUACAGUCUAUGACUUAAAACGAGAAAUCUCACUUGGUCAUCACAUUAAAGAUCAAGUUAUAGUCAUUGUUACUACAUACAUGACAUCACUACACGUUGCCAAGAUUUUUGGUGCUCAUUUUACACAUAUUCUUCUCGAUGAAGCUGCACAAGUCAGGGAACCAGAAGCAAUUGCUCCUCUCUCUCUAGGAAAUGCUGCUACUAAAAUUAUUGCAACAGGAGACAGCAAACAGGUUGGACCAUCUGAUCUUGUUUUGGGGGAUGACAGUAAGAAGCAUGGUCUUGCUGUUUCAUUAUUCGAGCGUUUGGAAAAGAAAUAUAAUCAGUUAGUUGGAGAACGUGGCUCCGAUUACCUUAAAUACUUAGCUGCAAAUUAUCGUUGUUGCCCUGAGAUUGUAAUGUUCUUAUCUAACACAAUUUACAAAUAUCCAAUUACAUGUGCUCCAGAGGCUUGCUCAGAGAGGCAGCAUCCAGCAAUAUGCUACCCACUCGUAUUUUACUGGUGUGAUUUAGCACAUACCAAGGGCAUGCUAUUAAAAGAUAUUAUGGGGCUAGUUGCUGAAGCUGUUUUGAAACAAGUGCAACAUUACUUUGUCAAAUGGCCGCAUGAAUGGAGACAUGUUAAACGAAGAGAAGUCUGCAUUAUGUCUCCUUUUAGAGCUCAGUUAAAUAUUAUUGAAUCAUAUCUGAAGGAUCUACGUGUCGGUGGUGGAAUAACAUAUUUGCCAACAUAUUCAAUUCAAGGUCAUGAGUUUCAAGCUGUUAUUCUCAGUACAUUUGAACCACUGAAGAAUGAUGGUACAAGCAGUAAUCCUACAAAGAGUCUAACAAAUCCACACAUUUUUAACACUGCAAUUAGUCGUUCUAAAUGUUUUGUUGUUGCUGUAGGUGAUCCUUUCUCUCUGCUUAGAGCUGAAGAGCAUUUUCCAGAGCGCUGUUGGAAGCAUUAUUUAAAGGAAUGUCUAAAUUACAACUCCUUGUUUUUUCCUGAGCACUUUGCACCAAAGAUUAGAGAAGAAUUAAAGCAAAAACUUGCAGAAGAGAUUGAUCUAGCUCGCUAAAUAACUUGAGUUUUGUCUUGAUUUGGUAUUACAUGUAUAGCUAAAUAUUAUCAUUUUAAAUGAAUUCAUCACUGGAUGACUCAGGGUGGGGUCAUAGAUGCCA